AUGAAAACACGCAUCACAAAGAACAAAGCUACAGCCAAGGCAAAGAAAAACAACCCAGCCAGGGAAACAAUCCUAAACAACCAGCUUUCUCAAACAGAACCAGUGUAUUUCUGGCACGCCGAAAACGACGACGGAUAUCUCGGACAGUGGUACCAGUCGCAAUUCACAUGGCGCAAGCCUAUCGAUGGGAAAGAUGGCGAGUCUGAGGAAUUACUUUAUCAUACUGCAGAGCAAUAUAUGAUGCACCGCAAAUCCCUCCUCUUUGCUCCCGAUUCCCCCAUCACAGCCCAAAUCCUCGCUGUCGGUCAGCCAGCACCUCACCCUCGCCAGCUCAAGAAACUGGGUAGACAAGUCCCCGAUUUUUCAGACGAGGUGUGGAAAAGGGAAAGGUACGGCAUUGUCUUGCAAGGCAAUCUCCUCAAGUUCUCGCAGAGCGAUGAACUCAAAGGAAAACUGCUGGCCACGGGCGAUAGAGAGUUGGUAGAAGCCAGCCCUCGGGAUAGGAUUUGGGGGAUCGGGUUUGGCAAAGUCAAGGCUGGGCAGAAUAGGGAGCGGUGGGGGUUGAAUCUUUUGGGCAAGUGUCUGAUGGAGACGAGAAGGAUAUUGAAGGAGGGUAGCCAAGCUGCUUGA